AUGUCGCAACGAGUUGCUACCUCAACUAUACUUGGAAGAGUAAUACAAUACAAAUAUCAUGAUCCAAAAGCUGUAUACAAUGCAAGAGACAUAAUUACUGAUAUGAAUAAACAAUUUGGACUUGAUUUGAUAUACUGGAAAGCACAUCGAGCAAAGUUAAAAGCAUUGAAAAUGGUUAGGGGUGAUCCCACAGAAUCCUAUGCUAAGAUACCAAGAUAUUUGCACAUGUUGACACAAUCAAAUCCAAGAUCUAUUGUCAGUUUACAAAAAACAGUCGAUGGACAUUUUCACUAUGCUUUUGUGGCUUUAAAUUCUUCAAUACAAGGUUGGGUAAAUUGCAGGGCAAUUGUAAUUGUUGAUGGUAGCUUUCUCAAAGCAGCUUAUCAUGGAACAUUUCUAAUUGCUAGUUGUCAAGACGCUGGAGGACAUAUAUUACCAUUCGCAUACGCAAUUGUUGAUUCCGAGAAUAAUGCAUCAUGGCAAUGGUUUUUUGAAAAGUUCAAGGAAGCGUAUGGAGUGAGGGAUAAAAUGUGUUUUGUAUCAAAUAGGCAUCAAUGCAUAAUUAGAGCUAUAUCGGUUAUAUUUCCAGAUUUACCACAUUACGCAUGUAUGUGGCAUGUGUGGAAAAACAUCAAAGAAAAUUUCAGGAGGAACCAAUUACAAUUAAGGGAAAUAUAUUAUGCAAUGGCUCGCGCAUACACUGUGCAAGAUUUUGAUUACUAUAUGGUUGAAGUUAAUCGAAUUGAUCAUUGA